UAUAAGUAACAACUGCACGAGGACAAGCAGUGGCUGACACACACGUUACAAAAAUUGCGCUAAAAUGAGUUUUUCCAAAGAAAAGGAAAGUAGACAAUGAAUGUAGGGUGUUCCAGCAAGAGUGAACUUAGAAAUAUUUCUUUAUUGAGGUAUCAGGAAAAGCUGUGUGCAAGGAGAGCAUCGCUGUCUUGAAAGACAACAACUUAUCCCGACACUUUCAGACGAAGCAUGCAGAGAAAUAUAGGAAUAUGUCUUCUGAGCAGAGGGCAAGUGCAUCGAAAUAGUUGCAAAAGCAGCAAGGACUUUUCACAAAACGGCAUUCAGCAAACGACGGAAUUGCGAGUGCUAUCUAAGUACUGUCCUACACAAUUGCUAAACAUAGCAAGCCAUUCGCUGAGGGCGAAUUCAUUAAAGAAUGUUUCAUUGACUCUGCAGCAAUACUUUGCCCCGACAAGAAAGCUGUUUGAAAAUGUUUCCCUGUCAAGAUGAACAGCGACACGGCAUGUUGAGGACAUCACAGAGAAUAUGGAACAACAGUUGAAAGACAAGUGGGUUGUACCAGAGCUGGUAGGCCAGGCCCUGGCAACAGUGCUGAUGCUUGUCUCCCUGCACUGGUUUGUCUUCCUACUCAACCUGCCUGUGGCCACCUGGAACAUGUACAGAGUUUGGAAGGUGCCCAUGGGAAACAUGGGGGUGUUUGACCCCACUGAAAUCCACAACCGGGGACAACUAAAGUCUCACAUGAAAGAGUCCAUGAUCAAACUCGGCUUCCACCUGCUCUGCUUCUUCAUCUACCUGUACAGCAUGAUCCUGGCACUGAUCAACGAUUGAGAUCCCCAUGGCUGUUUUAAUCCAAUCGGCCAAAUCACAAACUAUUCAGAAUGUGGUGUUCAAUAUGUCCUGGUCCUCAGUCCUCUGCUCAGCUGAAGUCACCUGACAUUACACUCCCCUUGGAUACCUAAUCAUUGCUCAGCCCCCCCCUCCAUUACGUACUUCUGUGUUCUCACAACUGCCCUGGAAUUGUGUGUGUGCUUUCGUUCAGCCUGUGUCCAAUGCUGUCCAUGCACUGCUCAUCUGGGCAGAUGGAAAACAUGACAAUCAUACAGGCUAGAUGGUGCAUACGAUUGACUAACAUAUUUUCAGCCAAGAGCCAAUCACAACAGCUAGCACAUCCUCUUGCAGCCUGCCAAACAUCAUCUUUGAUAUGUCAAUGCCAUAUUUGAUUGUCAUAUUUAUUUUUUUGUCUCUUGUCAACAUGCUGGAAAAUCCUUGAAUAUCCUUUGCAGAAUACUAACCUGUGUUUUGGAGAUUUAUUUCUAUAUUUUCUUGGUCUCUUAACAUCAAUAAGUUGUAGAUCUGACAUUCCCUGACUGCUGAAAGUUGCACAUUUGAUUGGUAUUAUAAAAUAGUGUUCUCAGGGGAAUACAUGCACCUGGAUUGGAAAAUGUUUUUCAACCCUAUUUUUAUCACUCGACUGUGUAUCAAUGGGCAAUAUAACCUCGAUUCAAUCCGUAGCACUGAAGAGCAAUUUCAUUUAAGGUAAUUUCCAAUUGAGCUGAUAUGUAAGUCUUUAAAUUUGUGUAGUGCUUCAGAUUGAAUCAAAUCCCUUGUCUGUAUUAUAGUUGUAUUACAUUUCACUGUGUGUUAUUUGUGCAGUUUGAGAAUGACCAUGUUCCAGCCAAAUGUGUUUCUCCAUGGGGAAAGGGUGCGUGUUCAGAUUGUAUUAAAUCAAACUAAAAUUACUCGUUUAUGUGCUUUUGAAAAUAAUUUGUGGGGUUUCUUAAAUAAACUUGAAAGAGAACAA